AGUUCAGAUAGCAGUCAAUAAAUGGAAAGCGAAGGAGGGCGAAGAAGAGCAUGGUCUAUGGAUAACUACAGAAUGAACUCUGUUUGAUAUUUGAGAGUCUGCUGUGUCACCAGGUGAAAACCUGUCUAAGGUCACCCAGCAUCCUGUGAAAAGAUUUUCCCAUCAUGUCUCUGUCGGUGAUAAUAAAGUGGGGAGGACAGGAGUACUCCAUCAACGCUCUGUCCGAAGACGACACCAUCCUGGACCUCAAACAGUCCAUUAAAUCUCUCACUGGAGUCCUGCCCGAACGCCAGAAACUGCUCGGCUUGAAGAUCAGAGGUAAACAAGCUGAUGACGAUACAAAGCUCGGCCUGCUGAAGCUUAAACCCAACAGCAAGAUCAUGAUGAUGGGCAGCAGAGAGGAAAGUCUGGAAGACAUCCUGGCUCCUCCUCCUCCUGAAAGUGAUGAUGUCAUCAAUGACUUUGACAUUGAAGAGGAGGUGAUCGAGGUGGAGAACAGGGAGGAGAAUCUGGCAAAGAUCGCACGCCGCAUCAAAGAGUACAAAGUGGAGGAGUUAAACCCACCGAGAGAGGGGAAGCGCUUACUCGUGUUAGACGUCGAUUACACGCUGUUCGAUCACAAGUCGUGUGCCGAGACGGGGCAGGAGCUCAUGAGGCCGUUCCUCCACGAGUUCCUCACGUCUGCGUACGAAGACUACGACAUCGUCAUCUGGUCUGCGACGAGCAUGAAGUGGAUCGAUGCUAAAAUGAAAGAGCUGGGUGUGUCAGACAACCCAAACUACAAGAUCACCUUCAUGCUGGACAGCGGAGCCAUGAUCACAGUUCACACACCUAAAAGGGGCGUGGUGGAGGUGAAGCCUUUGGGAGUGAUCUGGGGAAAGUACAACGAGUUUUACAACCGAAAGAACACCAUCAUGUUCGACGACAUCGGAAGGAACUUUCUCAUGAACCCACAAAAUGGACUGAAGAUUAAACCGUUCAUGAAGGCACACUUAAACCGAGAGAAAGACAAGGAGCUUCUGAAACUGUCUCACUACCUGAAGGAGAUCGCCAAGCUGGACGACUUUUCAGGCCUCAACCACAAGCACUGGGAAAGGUACCUCUCAAAGAAGCAGAGCCAGUGAAGCAGCUGGAGCGUUCAGCCUCAAGAACAAGUGAUGCUGGAGACUCACAAGCCAUCACCAAACAUCUCUCUCUCUCUCUCUCUCUCUCUCUCUCUCUCUGAAGAGAACCGGACUCAGAGGACUCCCCUUUACAGUUCCACAGAUGUGCUGAAUAAACCAGUAACAGCUGUAGCGCGAGCGUUUCAGUCUUCCCCUCCUCAUCACACUGAUGCACUGAUCAUCACCGUGUCGGAAAAGGGAACCUUUAGAAGUCUUGCUUGAAGCGAGUAGAAUUACAUCCACAAAUCCAGAAAUAUUCUCAGUCCUGCUUUAUAACUUUGAGCCCAAGAUCACUUUAUUCAUGUGACGUUUCUUUUACAGCCAGUUUCUCCAUUUCAGAAGCGUCGAGUUCUGGAUAUUUUAGGUUGCAGUGUUUACGUGCACACAUUCAGUUUGUGUAUUUUUGAUUUUUGUGCAGCGGUCGCUCUGGGAAAAGCUUUCUGAUCAGUGAAUACAAAACACAAACAAACCAAAAGCAAAACUGAAAACUGGAGAAUAAAAUAAACAUGACAGCAGAACUGAAAGUGUCACUAAAGCUAAAAUAUUACAAAAGUAAAAGCCUGACGUUAAAACUAAAACUAAAAACGGAACAAAACAAAGAACUCGAUCAAAACAAACAGGACAGAAAAAUCAAAAACAUAGACGUGCAGUAAAGUCUCUCUCUCUCUCCU